CACACACACACACACACACACACACACACACACACACACACACACACACACACACACACACACACUCUCACAGACACACAAACAAAAACACACAGACGCACGCACAUAAACACAAUUUGCUCCCUCUUUAUGCUUGUUUUUAUAUAGGACUAUAUUGUCAAACACAUUAUUAGCGAGUGAGAAAGAGGAGCAUGAGUAUUGGCCAUGAACAUUAAGUUAAUGAUAGAUUGAUGCAAACAAAUAACUUCAAGCUGGAAUAAACCCCUAAAAACACCCCUGAACAAUAAAGACGAAGAAAAAAUAGACCAAAUAUACACAAUUAAUUUUAUUAUCAAUUAAGCCUAAUGAAAUAAAAAAACGUGUACAAUUUCCCGAAAAGACUGCAGCAGGCUAUCGUACGAAUUAUUUCAGGAGGAAUUCGGCCAAACUCAAAAGCCUUCUGUUGCAAUUCUGCACGUUGCUCGCAGUGACAUCAGUGUAGGCCUAAUCGCUGUUUUCCAAUAACUGCAACUUUGAGGAUUAUUUAUGGCCCAGAGGCGCGCUGUGAAUGGCUGUAGGUGAACACGUGACGCCAUUAAACUUUGUUUUAUGGCCUCGGACUUGACAAGCCAAAAUAUAAUUCUGGAUGUAUUAGUAAGGCCGUCCAGAUGGUCGAGAAUGGAGCUUUGGACUAGUGUGGAGCUACCAAACGGAUUUUAGCACAACAUGGACGCGUUUGUCCACAAAUAUCCACACGCACGUAAUGGUCCAGAUGUGAGCAGUGAUGAAUGCGUGAGGAGUAGGAAGCACGUCUGCGCAAAUUACGGCCACACAAAAGAGCGACAGUGGGAAACACCCAUCACGUGAUCGCAGAUCCCCCCCAUGCCAUUGGCCAGAGGCGUCGGCCUGCUUUCGCCUUGAACCCACACCAUGCAGAAAGCAACGUACUACGAUAACUCUGGACUUUUUGGAGGCUAUUCCUACCCCAAACCAGACUCCUAUAACUAUGGCCCGGCGGCCCACCAGGCCUAUACCACGUCCAGCCUCGAGAAUGACUACCAGGCCUCGGUGUGUCCAAUUCAGACCACGGCGGUUCGCCCCCCCACCCUUAAGGACACGGACCUAAACGGAGACUGCAUGCGUCAGGCAAGCAGCAAUCAGAGCAACAGUCAACCGCCUAGUAUUGGGGAGCCGCCAGCCCCCCCGCUGUCCGCCACGUCCCCCGCCCCAAACUCCUCUUCGUCACAGAAGAAGAAGACCCCCACUAACGGUGCUACUAACACCUCCACCCCGGUGAUUACAAAGCAGAUCUUCCCGUGGAUGAAGGAGAGCCGACAGAACGCCAAGCAGAAAGGCAGCGGCUGUACGUCUGCAGGUGAGGUGAGUGACGAGAAGAGCCCGCCCGGGCCCGCCUCUAAACGGGUCAGGACUGCUUACACCAGCGCCCAGCUGGUGGAACUGGAGAAGGAGUUCCACUUUAACAGGUACCUGUGCCGCCCGCGGCGCGUCGAGAUGGCCAACCUCCUGAAUCUCACCGAGCGCCAAAUAAAGAUCUGGUUUCAAAACAGACGGAUGAAAUACAAGAAGGACCAGAAGGCCAAGGGGAUCAUGCACUCUCCCCUCGGACACUCCCCCGACAGGAGUCCGCCGAUGAACGGCCCCAGUCACCUCGGAUACUCCGGGCAGAUCCCGGGCGUCAACACCCUGAGCUAUGACGCGCCGUCGCCCCCGUCCUUCGCCAAACCCCAACAAAACAUGUACGGCCUGGCCGCGUACACGGCACCGCUAGGCGGCUGCCUGCCGCAGCAGAAGAGGUACCCGGGGUCCGAGUACGAACAUCACAGCAUGCAGAGCAAUGGCUUUGCCAACGCUAAUUUACAAGGCAGCCCCGUGUACGUCGGUGGGAACUUUGUUGAUUCCAUGCCAGCCUCGGGCCCCAUGUUCAACCUCGGCCAUCUCCCCCACCCCUCCUCCGCCAGCGUGGACUACAGCUGUGCCGCCCAGAUCCCGGGCAACCACCACCAUGGACCCUGCGACCCCCACCCCACGUACACAGACCUCACCUCACACCAAGCGUCUCAGGGAAGGCUUCAGGAAGCGCCUAAACUUACGCAUUUGUAAUAUGUGGUUUCCGACGUGUGUGCCAAAAGUAUGUCGCGAUGUUUUAUUACCUCACUUAGUCUAAUAACACUCCGAGCGAGUCAUGUGUAUUAUUACAGUAUUAUUGAUAUUGAUAUUAAUGCUAUCGUGUGAUUAUUUCCCUAAAUUCAGCUCUGUCCAUUACCUUUUUUAUUUCAGUUUGGAGGAUUCGUAUGCAACACGUUAACUCGUUUAUUUUCCUUUGUUGUGCAAUGAGCAAAUUUGGAGACAAAAAAAAAUUAUGUUCCAUUACUUGAAGGUGAGUCCGUAUAACACGACAUUAGAUUGUCAUCUUUAGUAGAAAAAAUUACGGUUAGUAAAAAAAAUGAAGAAAAAAUCCCAAUCUGUUGUCAUUAUCCCGUUUUGAUUCAAAGGUAUCGUAUUUAUUUAUUUUAUUCCCAUUGCGUCGCAUUAUCUCUUGUACUAGCAUAUCGCCUAUUUAUGGUUUAACGACUUUUGUAUUGCACAUUAUUUAUCCUUUAUAUGCGAAUAUUUAAAUGUGAUGUUUCUUUUGUAUGAUUGGAGGAUUAUUGCACUUGAAGCGUGCAGGUGAAACAGGGUUCGGCUUUUGCUCGCAGGGUAAGCCUAUUGUUGGGAAAUGUAAUUUCUAAUUGUAAACGUGGGAUUUAAAGGGAUGUCUGCCGGUGUGUGAGCAUCACUGGGCCCUUCGUGGUUCCAAUUUUGUGUCAAACUUCGAGGCUAAAGCGAAACGUAGACUAUCGAAUACUAGGCAUCCAUUUACAAACCAGCAUGUCAUUUUGCGUAGCUCAUUUCUACUUAUUUUUUUCUUGGUUUUACCAUUGUUAUUUAAUUCAGUUUGGAUAUCCAUACAUUUACGAAGGCCUAAUGAUAUCGAAAUGUUAUAUUUUAUUGUGUUUAACAUUUUGUAAAUAA